AUGAACCUGUCGGCGUCCGUGUGCUCGGCGGCGAAGCGCAUUCAGAAGGAGCUUGCGGACAUCGGCGCGGAGCCCUCCGCGGACUGCUGGGCGGGGCCGAAAGGCGACAACCUCUUCCAGUGGGUCGCCACGCUGCUUGGCCCGCCAGACUCGCCGUAUCGCGGGGGGGUGUUCUUUCUCGACAUUGCCUUCCCCCAGGAUUAUCCCUUCAGGCCGCCUCAGGUGUGUUUCCGCACGCGCGUGUACCACUGCAACGUGUGCAGCGCCAGUGGUCGCAUUCGGCUGCACCUGCUGGACGAUGGCUGGAGCCCUGCCAUGACCAUCGCACGUGUGCUGCAAGCUGUUAUUCACCUGCUGCGGUUCCCUGUACCAGAGGAAGCGCUGGUGGGGUGCAUCGCACACCGCUUCGUGUUUGACCGCCCCUCACACGACCGCAUCGCCGCUGAUUGGACCAGGCCAGCAGCAGCAGCAGCAGCAGCAGCAGGGCCAGCAGUGUCUGAAGCAUGUCAGAAAGGUUCCCCAAUGGAGUUGCAAGUAGGGCGGCGCAUUGUCAUGCUGGGAGCCUCUCUUGCUGCGUCGGGGCUGGUUGGAGGGUCGGUGGCGGGGGUGGGAGUGGGUGCUGCGUGGGGGGUGGAGGCUCGGCAGUGGGGUGGUGACGGCAAGAGCGGCGAGGAGAUUCGACGCAUGAAGGACAACUUUGGGGUGCUUCUUAUGAAUGUGGCUGAAGAGGUGAUAAACGAGCUGGGGAUGAAGACUGGUGCUGACUACAAGAAAGAGUUCUUCAGGCUGCGCCAGCAGGAGUUUCAGCCGCUCAAGAAGGCCAACUUUGGGGGGCUGGCGUCAUUGGGGCCGAGCUUCACAGUGAACGAUGUGCCUUACUUCAACUUCCAGACAUACAUCCAGUGGAAGCUCAUUGCCCGCCUGUUCCCCACACAGCGAGUCAGGGAGGAGAUCAGCGCCCGCUUAGGAAGAAAGCUUCUAGACCGAGUGGCACCAGAAGCAGUUGCCAUCGCUCUUGCACUCCCCCCACCGUCCCUCUCCUCCUCCUCCUCUUCCUCCCCAUCCUCCUCCCCAUCCUCCUCAACCUCCUCCUCCGCCUUCUCCCCUCUCUCUCCCUCCACCUCCCUGCCAUUCGCCCGCAUCGCCACGUCAGCACCGCCAGUGUCAUCAUCAGCCGAACAGGUGGACGACCAGGAUUGGCUGGACCCGCCGUCGCUGCUUUCGAAGCAAUCCCUCCCACCAGCACCACCAGCAGCAGGAGCAGCAGUGGGGGAGGUUCGGCCAGCAGGGCUGGUGGCUGGGGUGGAGGAGAUUCUGCAACGCCUGCUGGAUGUGGGGUUUCUGCAGGCCUACACCGUGGAGUGGGUGGCAGCAGCAGGCGGUGGUGGGGCAGAGUGGGACAAGGAUCGCCGUGGCAGCAUGCAAGUGAAGGUGCAGGGUCCGGCCAAUCUGGAUGGAGCAGUGCUGCUGCUAGCCGAGUGUAAUUAUGCUCAGCGCUACUCCUCCUCCAUCAUCCGAGCCUUCUUUGAGCGAAUGGGGGUGCAGGCUGACGUGGAUGAGUAUUUCUACAGGGAGAAACUCAAUUACAAGCCCAAGUCGCUUCUCGAGCAAGCAGUCCUGUCACUUGGUGACCCUCUUGUGCCGGUGGUGAAUCAGUUUGACGUGGAUGAAAUCAUAGAGACCUGGGAUCUCAGGCUGCCACCUCAGCAAUAA